AUGAGUUUCAUUGAGCGCAUGUCCCCCUUGGACCUGCUGGACCUCAACCUUACAAACCUCGACCCCCUCACCGAGAACUAUGACCUCGGCUUCUACCUGAACUACCUAAACAAAUGGCCCUCACUCUUCAGCACCGUGAAAGACCGUGAUGCCGGCAUUGUAGGCUACAUCAUGGGCAAGCUGGAAGAACAACACCCAGCAAUGCGCCACUCCGAACACUACACCCCAUGGCACGGACACAUCACCGUCCUCACAGUGGCACCAGCCUGGCGCCGUCUCGGCUUCGCGCGCCGUCUGACAGAGCAGCUGGAGCGUGGAUCCGAUAGCAACGAUGCCUGGUUUGUGGAUCUCUACGUACGCGCCGGAAAUAAAGUUGCGUACGACAUGUACAAAGGAAUGGGAUACUCUGUCUUCCGGCGAGUGAUCAAUUAUUACAGCGAUGAUCCAUCGGGGAUGUCGGAUACGGGGGAGGAUGCAUUUGAUAUGCGCAAGCCAUGCAGUCGAGAUAAGAAGCUUGAGCAUGUGCGGGAGAAUGGGGAGAAUUUCCCUGUUGGACCUGAGGAUGUGAUGUAA